GAGUUUAGUUUUCUCUCACCCGGUGAACGAUAAGCAACAAAAAAAAAUUAAGAAAUACAAUUCUUUAUUUAUUUAUCCCUUUUUUUUAACAAAUAACAAAUUCGCAAGCAACUCCAAGACUUACCUACCAAACUGAUGGCAUUGAAGAUGAACCACAAACAGAACCAGGUCAAGAUUAACUAUGCGCAGCAGUAUGUGGGCAGGAUGACGAGUCCUUUGGUGGAACCCAUAUUCCCAGUGCCGCAAAUGUCAUCGGCAACCCUACGCGUUCGUCGUGCUGUCGUCGAAUCCUAUCGCGGUACCCAGAUUGCUCCCGAUGAUGCCAUGCUGCCCAUGCCGCCCCACAACAAGCCCCAAAAUAUGGUCGAUAUCCUGCAGGACCUUCGAUUGAGGCUAAAGGGCCUCAAAUUCUGGCAGCAAGUCAUUCGUGUGCUGAAGAAACGGGUCUAGUCAUGUACAUAUAUCUGAUGGAUCUGUGUCGUAACACACCUUAACCCCCUUGUCUGCUCUCAAAAUCCCAAUUAAACUAGUUCGCUUUGUGUUCAAUGUUAGGAGAUUGUACAAGCUAUUUUAAUCAACGUAAAAUCAAUCACACAUGUAUUUGUAGUCUGGCGUCGUCUCGAAAUUUGUACACGCCUAAUAAUUAACAAAUGUUAUUCAAAAUUCAUUUUACAAAUAAAUAAGUGCGUGGCAUGAUAGGUGCAAAUAAUACCAAAAA